AUGGCGCUCCUUCAUUCCAUCAUCUCGACGCCAAGGCAACAUCGGCACACUGCGCUCAUUGCGGUGUCGCUGUUGGCUGUGGUUCUAGUUUUUUGGGGUGCCGGUGCACACGCCGCUGACGAUGACGCAGAUGUGAGCGCAUGCUCUGGCAGCAGCCCAUACUACACGGCCGUUGAGCACGAGAACACCCGCAGCUUUCUCGACUCUUUCAAGGAGGCUAUCCCGGCUCUGAAGUCCCUCUGGACGUGCGACAAUUUCUGCGUCCAUCCGGGUAUCCACUGCACAGCGGUGGGCCUCCACAUCACCCUGAACGCGUCGGCACUGUCGGGAAGCCUUCCUGAGCUCCCGAACAACGUCGAUGGAUUCCACGUGGUCCUGUCCGGCCUCACUUUUGUCGGCAAAGGGGAGCGUGUGAUCGGCUCCCUGCCCGUCAGCUGGAAUCUUCUCACUCGUCUCUCUUACCUCCACGUCGGCGCCACCGCCCUCUCUGGAACUCUGCCAGAAACGUGGGGAACCUCCGUCGAACGGCGUGUCAUGACAAGGCACUCAAGAGCUCCACUCGCCAGACCCUGCGGCAACUCUUGCUUUCGUUCGAUCCGUCUCGGUGGAAACCACUUGACCGGUACUCUGCCCGCCAGCUGGUCCAGCAUGAAGGAUCUGCAAGAGAUUUGGAUCAACAACAACCUCUUCACCGGCACUCUGCCCACGGAGUGGAGCAGCAUCGCCAAUCUCCGCACGUUGAACGCACGCCACAACCUCAUAACGGGGACACUGCCUCCAGAGUGGUCUUCCAUGCCCAGCAUUCGCGAGAUUGCAAUCGACCACAACAUGUUCUGCGGAUGCGUUCCAGAUACAUGGAAGCAAACUAGCGGGCUCGCAAUCGACGCCGAUACACCACUACGGGCACCUGACUGCGCCGUCUCCAACAGCUGCGAGAAGCACCCCACCAGCAGCAGCAGCUCCGCGCCGUCAGCGUCCUCGUCGUCUGCGCCGUCCAGCAGCAGCAGCUCCGCGCCGUCAGCGUCCUCGUCGUCUGCGCCGUCCAGCAGCAGCAGCUCCGCGCCAUCGGCGUCCUCGUCGUCUGCGCCGUCCAGCAGCAGCAGCUCCGCGCCGUCAGCGUCCUCGUCGUCUGCGCCGUCCAGCAGCAGCUCCGCGCCGUCGGCGUCUUCGUCGUCUGCGCCGUCCAGCAGCAGCAGCUCCGCGCCGUCGGUGUCUUCGUCGUCUGCGCCGUCCAGCAGCAGCUCCGCGCCGUCGGCGUCCUCGUCGUCUGCGCCGUCCAGCAGCAGCUCCGCGCCGUCGGCGUCCUCGUCGUCUGCGCCGUCCAGCAGCAGCAGCUCCGCGCCGUCAGCGUCCUCGUCGUCUGCGCCGUCCAGCAGCAGCUCCGCGCCGUCGGCGUCCUCGUCGUCUGCGCCGUCCAGCAGCAGCAGCUCCGCGCCGUCGGCGUCCUCGUCGUCUGCGCCGUCCAGCAGCAGCUCCGCGCCGUCGGCGUCCUCGUCGUCUGCGCCGUCCAGCAGCAGCUCCGCGCCGUCGGCGUCCUCGUCGUCUGCGCCGUCCAGCAGCAGCAGCUCCGCGCCGUCGGCGUCCUCGUCGUCUGCGCCGUCCAGCAGCAGCUCCGCGCCGUCGGCGUCCUCGUCGUCUGCGCCGUCCAGCAGCAGCUCCGCGCCGUCAGCGUCCUCGUCGUCUGCGCCGUCCAGCAGCAGCUCCGCGCCGUCGGCGUCCUCGUCGUCUGCGCCGUCCAGCAGCAGCUCCGCGCCGUCGGCGUCCUCGUCGUCUGCGCCGUCCAGCAGCAGCUCCGCGCCGUCGGCGUCCUCGUCGUCUGCGCCGUCCAGCAGCAGCUCCGCGCCGUCGGCGUCCUCGUCGUCUGCGCCGUCCAGCAGCAGCUCCGCGCCGUCGGCGUCCUCGUCGUCUGCGCCGUCCAGCAGCAGCUCUGCGCCGUCGGCGUCCUCGUCGUCUGCGCCGUCCAGCAGCAGCUCUGCGCCGUCGGCGUCCUCGUCGUCUGCGCCGUCCAGCAGCAGCUCCGCGCCGUCGGCGUCCUCGUCGUCUGCGCCGUCCAGCAGCAGCUCCGCGCCGUCGGCGUCCUCGUCGUCUGCGCCGUCCAGCAGCAGCUCCGCGCCGUCGGCGUCCUCGUCGUCUGCGCCGUCCAGCAGCAGCUCCGCGCCGUCGGCGUCCUCGUCGUCUGCGCCGUCCAGCAGCAGCUCCGCGCCGUCGGCGUCCUCGUCGUCUGCGCCGUCCAGCAGCAGCUCCGCGCCGUCGGCGUCCUCGUCGUCUGCGCCGUCCAGCAGCAGUAGCUCUGCGCCGUCGGCGUCUUCGUCGUCUGCGCCGUCCAGCAGCAGCAGCUCCGCGCCGUCAGCGUCCUCGUCGUCUGCGCCGUCCAGCAGCAGCAGCUCCGCGCCGUCAGCGUCCUCGUCGUCUGCGCCGUCCAGCAGCAGCAGCUCCGCGCCGUCGGCGUCCUCGUCGUCUGCGCCGUCCAGCAGCAGCAGCGCCCCGUCGUCGUCGUCGUCGUCGUCGCCGUCCAGCAGCAGCAGCGCCCCGUCAGCGUCGUCGUCGUCGUCGCCGUCCACCAGCAGCAGCUCCGCGCCGUCAGCGUCCUCGUCGUCUGCGCCGUCCAGCAGCAGCAGCUCCGCGCCGUCGGCGUCCUCGUCGUCUGCGCCGUCCAGCAGCAGCUCCGCGCCGUCGGCGUCUUCGUCGUCUGCGCCGUCCAGCAGCAGCUCCGCGCCGUCAGCGUCCUCGUCGUCUGCGCCGUCCAGCAGCAGCAGCUCCGCGCCGUCGGCGUCUUCGUCGUCUGCGCCGUCCAGCAGCAGCUCCGCGCCAUCGGCGUCCUCGUCGUCUGCGCCGUCCAGCAGCAGCAGCUCCGCGCCAUCGGCGUCUUCGUCGUCUGCGCCGUCCAGCAGCAGCUCCGCGCCGUCGGCGUCUUCGUCGUCUGCGCCGUCCAGCAGCAGCUCCGCGCCGUCGGCGUCUUCGUCGUCUGCGCCGUCCAGCAGCAGCAGCUCCGCGCCGUCGGCGUCUUCGUCGUCUGCGCCGUCCAGCAGCAGCUCCGCGCCGUCGGCGUCUUCGUCGUCUGCGCCGUCCAGCAGCAGCAGCUCCGCGCCGUCGGCGUCUUCGUCGUCUGCGCCGUCCAGCAGCAGCUCCGCGCCGUCGGCGUCUUCGUCGUCUGCGCCGUCCAGCAGCAGCAGCUCCGCGCCGUCGGCGUCUUCGUCGUCUGCGCCGUCCAGCAGCAGCUCCGCGCCGUCGGCGUCCUCGUUGUCUGCGCCGUCCAGCAGCAGCUCCGCGCCGUCGGCGUCCUCGUCGUCUGCGCCGUCCAGCAGCAGCAGCUCCGCGCUGUCGGCGUCUUCGUCGUCUGCGCCGUCCAGCAGCAGCUCCGCGCCGUCGGCGUCUUCGUCGUCUGCGCCGUCCAGCAGCAGCAGCUCCGCGCUGUCGGCGUCUUCGUCGUCUGCGCCGUCCAGCAGCAGCUCCGCGCCGUCGGCGUCCUCGUCGUCUGCGCCGUCCAGCAGCAGCAGCUCCGCGCCAUCGGCGUCCUCGUCGUCUGCGCCGUCCAGCAGCAGCUCUGCGCCGUCGGCGUCUUCGUCGUCUGCGCCGUCCAGCAGCAGCUCCGCGCCGUCAGCGUCCUCGUCGUCUGCGCCGUCCAGCAGCAGCAGCUCCGCGCCGUCAGCGUCCUCGUCGUCUGCGCCGUCCAGCAGCAGCAGCUCCGCGCCAUCGGCGUCUUCGUCGUCUGCGCCGUCCAGCAGCAGCAGCUCCGCGCCGUCGGCGUCUUCGUCGUCUGCGCCGUCCAGCAGCAGCAGCUCCGCGCCGUCAGCGUCCUCGUCGUCUGCGCCGUCCAGCAGCAGCAGCACCGCGCCGUCGGCGUCCUCGUCGUCUGCGCCGUCCAGCAGCAGCAGCACCGCGCCGUCGGCGUCCUCGUCGUCUGCGCCGUCCAGCAGCAGCAGCUCCGCGCCGUCGGCGUCCUCGUCGUCUGCGCCGUCCAGCAGCAGCAGCUCCGCGCCAUCGGCGUCCUCGUCGUCUGCGCCGUCCAGCAGCAGCAGCUCCGCGCCGUCGGCGUCCUCGUCGUCUGCGCCGUCCAGCAGCAGCACCGCGCCGUCGGCGUCCUCGUCGUCUGCGCCGUCCAGCAGCAGCAGCUCCGCGCCGUCGGCGUCCUCGUCGUCUGCGCCGUCCAGCAGCAGCAGCUCCGCGCCGUCGGCGUCCUCGUCGUCUGCGCCGUCCAGCAGCAGCAGCUCCGCGCCGUCGGCGUCCUCGUCGUCUGCGCCGUCCAGCAGCAGCAGCUCCGCGCCGUCGGCGUCCUCGUCGUCUGCGCCGUCCAGCAGCAGCUCCGCGCCGUCAGCGUCUUCGUCGUCUGCGCCGUCCAGCAGCAGCUCCGCGCCGUCGGCGUCCUCGUCGUCUGCGCCGUCCAGCAGCAGCUCCGCGCCGUCGGCGUCCUCGUCGUCUGCGCCGUCCAGCAGCAGCUCCGCGCCGUCGGCGUCCUCGUCGUCUGCGCCGUCCAGCAGCAGCAGCUCCGCGCCAUCGGCGUCUUCGUCGUCUGCGCCGUCCAGCAGCAGCAGCUCCGCGCCGUCAGCGUCCUCGUCGUCUGCGCCGUCCAGCAGCAGCUCCGCGCCGUCGGCGUCUUCGUCGUCUGCGCCGUCCAGCAGCAGCUCCGCGCCGUCGGCGUCCUCGUCGUCUGCGCCGUCCAGCAGCAGCUCCGCGCCGUCGGCGUCCUCGUCGUCUGCGCCGUCCAGCAGCAGCAGCUCCGCGCCAUCGGCGUCUUCGUCGUCUGCGCCGUCCAGCAGCAGCAGCUCCGCGCCGUCAGCGUCCUCGUCGUCUGCGCCGUCCAGCAGCAGCUCCGCGCCGUCGGCGUCUUCGUCGUCUGCGCCGUCCAGCAGCAGCAGCUCCGCGCCGUCGGCCUCUUCGUCGUCUGCGCCGUCCAGCAGCAGCAGCUCCGCGCCGUCGGCCUCUUCGUCGUCUGCGCCGUCCAGCAGCAGCUCCGCGCCGUCGGCGUCUUCGUCGUCUGCGCCGUCCAGCAGCAGCAGCUCCGCGCUGUCGGCGUCCUCGUCGUCUGCGCCGUCCAGCAGCAGCAGCUCCGCGCCGUCGGCCUCUUCGUCGUCUGCGCCGUCCAGCAGCAGCAGCUCCGCGCCGUCAGCGUCUUCGUCGUCUGCGCCGUCCAGCAGCAGCUCCGCGCCGUCGGCGUCUUCGUCGUCUGCGCCGUCCAGCAGCAGCAGCUCCGCGCCGUCGGCCUCUUCGUCGUCUGCGCCGUCCAGCAGCAGCAGCUCCGCGCCAUCGGCGUCCUCGUCGUCUGCGCCGUCCAGCAGCAGCAGCUCCGCGCCGUCGGCGUCCUCGUCGUCUGCGCCGUCCAGCAGCAGCAGCUCUGCGCCGUCGGCGUCCUCGUCGUCUGCGCCGUCCAGCAGCAGCUCCGCGCCGUCGGCGUCCUCGUCGUCUGCGCCGUCCAGCAGCAGCUCCGCGCCGUCGGCGUCCUCGUCGUCUGCGCCGUCCAGCAGCAGCUCCGCGCCGUCGGCGUCCUCGUCGUCUGCGCCGUCCAGCAGCAGCUCCGCGCCGUCGGCGUCCUCGUCGUCUGCGCCGUCCAGCAGCAGCUCCGCGCCAUCGGCGUCUUCGUCGUCUGCGCCGUCCAGCAGCAGCUCCGCGCCAUCGGCGUCUUCGUCGUCUGCGCCGUCCAGCAGCAGCUCCGCGCCAUCGGCGUCCUCGUCGUCUGCGCCGUCCAGCAGCAGCAGCUCUGCGCCGUCGGCGUCUUCGUCGUCUGCGCCGUCCAGCAGCAGCUCCGCGCCGUCGGCGUCCUCGUCGUCUGCGCCGUCCAGCAGCAGCUCCGCGCCGUCAGCGUCCUCGUCGUCUGCGCCGUCCAGCAGCAGCAGCUCCGCGCCGUCAGCGUCCUCGUCGUCUGCGCCGUCCAGCAGCAGCUCCGCGCCGUCGGCGUCCUCGUCGUCUGCGCCGUCCAGCAGCAGCUCCGCGCCGUCAGCGUCUUCGUCGUCUGCGCCGUCCAGCAGCAGCUCCGCGCCGUCGGCGUCCUCGUCGUCUGCGCCGUCCAGCAGCAGUAGCUCUGCGCCGUCGGCGUCUUCGUCGUCUGCGCCGUCCAGCAGCAGCAGCUCCGCGCCGUCAGCGUCCUCGUCGUCUGCGCCGUCCAGCAGCAGCAGCUCCGCGCCGUCGGCGUCUUCGUCGUCUGCGCCGUCCAGCAGCAGCAGCUCCGCGCCGUCGGCGUCCUCGUCGUCUGCGCCGUCCAGCAGCAGCAGCUCCGCGCCGUCGGCGUCCUCGUCGUCUGCGCCGUCCAGCAGCAGCUCCGCGCCGUCAGCGUCCUCGUCGUCUGCGCCGUCCAGCAGCCGUCUGCGCAGCAGCAGCAGCUCCGCGCCGUCGGCGUCCUCGUCGUCUGCGCCGUCCAGCAGCAGCUCCGCGCCAUCGGCGUCUUCGUCGUCUGCGCCGUCCAGCAGCAGCUCCGCGCCAUCGGCGUCUUCGUCCUCUGCGCCGUCCAGCAGCAGCUCCGCGCCGUCGGCGUCCUCGUCGUCUGCGCCGUCCAGCAGCAGCAGCUCCGCGCCGUUGGCGUCCUCGUCGUCUGCGCCGUCCAGCAGCAGCAGCUCCGCGCCGUUGGCGUCCUCGUCGUCUGCGCCGUCCAGCAGCAGCAGCUCCGCGCCGUCGGCGUCCUCGUCGUCUGCGCCGUCCAGCAGCAGCAGCUCCGCGCCAUCGGGGUCUUCGUCGUCUGCGCCGUCCAGCAGCAGCUCCGCGCCAUCGGCGUCUUCGUCGUCUGCGCCGUCCAGCAGCAGCUCCGCGCCGUCGGCGUCCUCGUCGUCUGCGCCGUCCAGCAGCAGCAGCUCCGCGCCGUCGGGGUCUUCGUCGUCUGCGCCGUCCAGCAGCAGCUCCGCGCCAUCGGGGUCUUCGUCGUCUGCGCCGUCCAGCAGCAGCUCCGCGCCGUCGGCGUCUUCGUCGUCUGCGCCGUCCAGCAGCAGCAGCACCGCGCCGUCGGCGUCCUCGUCGUCUGCGCCGUCCAGCAGCAGCAGCUCCGCGCCAUCGGCGUCCUCGUCGUCUGCGCCGUCCAGCAGCAGCUCCGCGCCAUCGGCGUCUUCGUCGUCUGCGCCGUCCAGCAGCAGCUCCGCGCCAUCGGCGUCCUCGUCGUCUGCGCCGUCCAGCAGCAGCAGCACCGCGCCGUCGGCGUCCUCGUCGUCUGCGCCGUCCAGCAGCAGCUCCGCGCCGUCGGCGUCCUCGUCGUCUGCGCCGUCCAGCAGCAGCUCCGCGCCGUCGGCCUCCUCGUCGUCUGCGCCGUCCAGCAGCAGCUCCGCGCCAUCGGCGUCCUCGUCGUCUGCGCCGUCCAGCAGCAGCAGCUCCGCGCCAUCGGGGUCCUCGUCGUCUGCGCCGUCCAGCAGCAGCUCCGCGCCGUCGGCGUCCUCGUCCUCUGCGCCGUCCAGCAGCAGCAGCUCCGCGCCAUCGGCGUCCUCGUCGUCUGCGCCGUCCAGCAGCAGCAGCUCCGCGCCAUCGGGGUCUUCGUCCUCUGCGCCGUCCAGCAGCAGCAGCACCGCGCCGUCGGCGUCCUCGUCGUCUGCGCCGUCCAGCAGCAGCUCCGCGCCGUCGGCGUCUUCGUCGUCUGCGCCGUCCAGCAGCAGCAGCUCCGCGCCAUCGGCGUCUUCGUCGUCUGCGCCGUCCAGCAGCAGCUCCGCGCCAUCGGCGUCUUCGUCCUCUGCGCCGUCCAGCAGCAGCUCCGCGCCGUCGGCGUCUUCGUCGUCUGCGCCGUCCAGCAGCAGCUCCGCGCCAUCGGCGUCCUCGUCGUCUGCGCCGUCCAGCAGCAGCACCGCGCCGUCGGCGUCCUCGUCGUCUGCGCCGUCCAGCAGCAGCAGCUCCGCGCCGUUGGCGUCCUCGUCGUCUGCGCCGUCCAGCAGCAGCAGCUCCGCGCCGUCGGCGUCUUCGUCGUCUGCGCCGUCCAGCAGCAGCACCGCGCCAUCGGCGUCUUCGUCGUCUGCGCCGUCCAGCAGCAGCUCCGCGCCAUCGGCGUCCUCGUCCUCUGCGCCGUCCAGCAGCAGCUCCGCGCCAUCGGCGUCCUCGUCGUCUGCGCCGUCCAGCAGCAGCUCCGCGCCAUCGGCGAACUCGUCGUCUGCGCCGUCCAGCAGCAGCAGCUCCGCGCCGUCGGCGUCCUCGUCGUCUGCGCCGUCCAGCAGCAGCUCCGCGCCGUCGGCGUCCUCGUCGUCUGCGCCGUCCAGCAGCAGCUCCGCGCCGUCGGCGUCCUCGUCGUCUGCGCCGUCCAGCAGCAGCUCCGCGCCGUCGGCGUCAUCGUCGUCUGCGCCGUCCAGCAGCAGCUCCGCGCCGUCGGCGUCCUCGUCGUCUGCGCCGUCCAGCAGCAGCUCCGCGCCGUCGGCGUCCUCGUCGUCUGCGCCGUCCAGCAGCAGUUCCGCGCCGUCGGCGUCCUCGUCGUCUGCGCCGUCCAGCAGCAGCUCCGCGCCGUCGGCGUCCUCGUCGUCUGCGCCGUCCAGCAGCAGCUCCGCGCCGUCGGCGUCCUCGUCGUCUGCGCCGUCCAGCAGCAGCAGCUCCGCGCCGUCGGCGUCUUCGUCGUCUGCGCCGUCCAGCAGCAGCUCCGCGCCGUCAGCGUCCUCGUCGUCUGCGCCGUCCAGCAGCAGCAGCUCCGCGCCGUCGGCGUCCUCGUCGUCUGCGCCGUCCAGCAGCAGCAGCUCCGCGCCGUCGGCGUCUUCGUCGUCUGCGCCGUCCAGCAGCAGCUCCGCGCCGUCGGCGUCCUCGUCGUCUGCGCCGUCCAGCAGCAGCUCCGCGCCGUCGGCGUCCUCGUCGUCUGCGCCGUCCAGCAGCAGCUCCGCGCCGUCGGCGUCCUCGUCGUCUGCGCCGUCCAGCAGCAGCUCUGCGCCGUCGGCGUCCUCGUCGUCUGCGCCGUCCAGCAGCAGCUCUGCGCCGUCGGCGUCCUCGUCGUCUGCGCCGUCCAGCAGCAGCUCCGCGCCGUCGGCGUCCUCGUCGUCUGCGCCGUCCAGCAGCAGCUCCGCGCCGUCAGCGUCCUCGUCGUCUGCGCCGUCCAGCAGCAGCUCCGCGCCGUCAGCGUCCUCGUCGUCUGCGCCGUCCAGCAGCAGCAGCUCCGCGCCAUCGGCGUCUUCGUCGUCUGCGCCGUCCAGCAGCAGCUCUGCGCCGUCGGCGUCCUCGUCGUCUGCGCCGUCCAGCAGCAGCAGCUCCGCGCCGUCGGCGUCCUCGUCGUCUGCGCCGUCCAGCAGCAGCAGCUCCGCGCCGUCGGCGUCUUCGUCGUCUGCGCCGUCCAGCAGCAGCAGCUCCGCGCCGUCGGCGUCCUCGUCGUCUGCGCCGUCCAGCAGCAGCUCCGCGCCGUCAGCGUCCUCGUCGUCUGCGCCGUCCAGCAGCAGCAGCUCCGCGCCGUCGGCGUCUUCGUCGUCUGCGCCGUCCAGCAGCAGCAGCUCUGCGCCGUCGGCGUCUUCGUCGUCUGCGCCGUCCAGCAGCAGCUCCGCGCCGUCGGCGUCCUCGUCGUCUGCGCCGUCCAGCAGCAGCAGCUCCGCGCCGUCAGCGUCCUCGUCGUCUGCGCCGUCCAGCAGCAGCAGCUCCGCGCCGUCGGCGUCUUCGUCGUCUGCGCCGUCCAGCAGCAGCAGCUCCGCGCCAUCGGCGUCUUCGUCGUCUGCGCCGUCCAGCAGCAGCAGCUCCGCGCCGUCGGCGUCCUCGUCGUCUGCGCCGUCCAGCAGCAGCAGCUCCGCGCCGUCGGCGUCUUCGUCGUCUGCGCCGUCCAGCAGCAGCUCCGCGCCGUCAGCGUCCUCGUCGUCUGCGCCGUCCAGCAGCAGCUCCGCGCCAUCGGCGUCUUCGUCCUCUGCGCCGUCCAGCAGCAGCUCCGCGCCGUCGGCGUCCUCGUCGUCUGCGCCGUCCAGCAGCAGCAGCUCCGCGCCGUUGGCGUCCUCGUCGUCUGCGCCGUCCAGCAGCAGCACCGCGCCGUCGGCGUCCUCGUCGUCUGCGCCGUCCAGCAGCAGCAGCUCCGCGCCGUCGGCGUCUUCGUCCUCUGCGCCGUCCAGCAGCAGCUCCGCGCCGUCAGCGUCCUCGUCGUCUGCGCCGUCCAGCAGCAGCUCCGCGCCAUCGGCGUCUUCGUCCUCUGCGCCGUCCAGCAGCAGCUCCGCGCCGUCGGCGUCCUCGUCGUCUGCGCCGUCCAGCAGCAGCAGCUCCGCGCCGUUGGCGUCCUCGUCGUCUGCGCCGUCCAGCAGCAGCAGCUCCGCGCCGUCGGCGUCCUCGUCGUCUGCGCCGUCCAGCAGCAGCAGCUCCGCGCCAUCGGCGUCUUCGUCCUCUGCGCCGUCCAGCAGCAGCAGCUCCGCGCCGUCGGCGUCCUCGUCGUCUGCGCCGUCCAGCAGCAGCAGCUCCGCGCCGUUGGCGUCCUCGUCGUCUGCGCCGUCCAGCAGCAGCACCGCGCCGUCGGCGUCCUCGUCGUCUGCGCCGUCCAGCAGCAGCAGCUCCGCGCCGUCGGCGUCUUCGUCCUCUGCGCCGUCCAGCAGCAGCUCCGCGCCAUCGGCGUCUUCGUCGUCUGCGCCGUCCAGCAGCAGCAGCUCCGCGCCAUCGGCGUCCUCGUCGUCUGCGCCGUCCAGCAGCAGCAGCAGCUCCGCGCCAUCAGCGUCCUCGUCGUCUGCGCCGUCCAGCAGCAGCAGCUCCGCGCCGUCGGCGUCUUCGUCCUCUGCGCCGUCCAGCAGCAGCUCCGCGCCGUCAGCGUCCUCGUCGUCUGCGCCGUCCAGCAGCAGCUCCGCGCCAUCGGCGUCUUCGUCGUCUGCGCCGUCCAGCAGCAGCUCCGCGCCGUCGGCGUCCUCGUCGUCUGCGCCGUCCAGCAGCAGCUCCGCGCCGUCGGCGUCUUCGUCGUCUGCGCCGUCCAGCAGCAGCUCCGCGCCGUCGGCGUCCUCGUCGUCUGCGCCGUCCAGCAGCAGCUCCGCGCCGUCGGCGUCCUCGUCGUCUGCGCCGUCCAGCAGCAGCAGCUCUGCGCCGUCGGCGUCUUCGUCGUCUGCGCCGUCCAGCAGCAGCUCCGCGCCGUCGGCGUCUUCGUCGUCUGCGCCGUCCAGCAGCAGCUCCGCGCCGUCGGCGUCCUCGUCGUCUGCGCCGUCCAGCAGCAGCUCUGCGCCGUCAGCGUCUUCGUCGUUUGCGCCGUCCAGCAGCAGCAGCUCCGCGCCAUCGGCGUCUUCGUCGUCUGCGCCGUCCAGCAGCAGCUCCGCGCCGUCGGCGUCCUCGUCGUCUGCGCCGUCCAGCAGCAGCUCCGCGCCGUCGGCGUCCUCGUCGUCUGCGCCGUCCAGCAGCAGCAGCUCCGCGCCGUCGGCGUCCUCGUCGUCUGCGCCGUCCAGCAGCAGCUCCGCGCCGUCGGCGUCCUCGUCGUCUGCGCCGUCCAGCAGCAGCUCCGCGCCGUCGGCGUCCUCGUCGUCUGCGCCGUCCAGCAGCAGCUCCGCGCCGUCGGCGUCCUCGUCCUCUGCGCCGUCCAGCAGCAGCUCCGCGCCAUCGGCGUCCUCGUCGUCUGCGCCGUCCAGCAGCAGCAGCUCCGCGCCAUCGGCGUCUUCGUCCUCUGCGCCGUCCAGCAGCAGUAGCUCUGCGCCGUCGGCGUCCUCGUCGUCUGCGCCGUCCAGCAGCAGCAGCUCCGCGCCGUCAGCGUCCUCGUCCUCUGCGCCGUCCAGCAGCAGCAGCUCCGCGCCGUCAGCGUCCUCGUCGUCUGCGCCGUCCAGCAGCAGCAGCUCCGCGCCGUCAGCGUCCUCGUCGUCUGCGCCGUCCAGCAGCAGCUCCGCGCCGUCAGCGUCCUCGUCGUCUGCGCCGUCCAGCAGCAGCUCCGCGCCAUCGGCGUCUUCGUCGUCUGCGCCGUCCAGCAGCAGCAGCUCCGCGCCGUCAGCGUCCUCGUCGUCUGCGCCGUCCAGCAGCAGCAGCUCCGCGCCGUCGGCGUCUUCGUCGUCUGCGCCGUCCAGCAGCAGCUCCGCGCCGUCGGCGUCCUCGUCGUCUGCGCCGUCCAGCAGCAGCAGCUCCGCGCCGUCAGCGUCCUCGUCGUCUGCGCCGUCCAGCAGCAGCUCCGCGCCGUCAGCGUCCUCGUCGUCUGCGCCGUCCAGCAGCAGCUCCGCGCCGUCGGCGUCUUCGUCGUCUGCGCCGUCCAGCAGCAGCUCCGCGCCGUCAGCGUCCUCGUCGUCUGCGCCGUCCAGCAGCAGCAGCUCCGCGCCGUCGGCGUCCUCGUCGUCUGCGCCGUCCAGCAGCAGCUCCGCGCCGUCAGCGUCCUCGUCGUCUGCGCCGUCCAGCAGCAGCUCCGCGCCGUCGGCGUCUUCGUCGUCUGCGCCGUCCAGCAGCAGCUCCGCGCCAUCGGCGUCUUCGUCGUCUGCGCCGUCCAGCAGCAGCAGCUCCGCGCCGUCAGCGUCCUCGUCGUCUGCGCCGUCCAGCAGCAGCAGCUCCGCGCCGUCAGCGUCCUCGUCGUCUGCGCCGUCCAGCAGCAGCAGCUCCACGCCGUCGGCGUCCUCGUCGUCUGCGCCGUCCAGCAGCAGCUCCGCGCCGUCGGCGUCUUCGUCGUCUGCGCCGUCCAGCAGCAGCUCCGCGCCGUCAGCGUCCUCGUCGUCUGCGCCGUCCAGCAGCAGCAGCUCCGCGCCGUCAGCGUCCUCGUCGUCUGCGCCGUCCAGCAGCAGCUCCGCGCCGUCGGCGUCCUCGUCGUCUGCGCCGUCCAGCAGCAGCAGCUCCGCGCCGUCAGCGUCCUCGUCGUCUGCGCCGUCCAGCAGCAGCAGCUCCGCGCCGUCGGCGUCCUCGUCGUCUGCGCCGUCCAGCAGCAGCAGCUCCGCGCCGUCAGCGUCUUCGUCGUCUGCGCCGUCCAGCAGCAGCUCCGCGCCGUCGGCGUCCUCGUCGUCUGCGCCGUCCAGCAGCAGCUCCGCGCCGUCAGCGUCCUCGUCGUCUGCGCCGUCCAGCAGCAGCAGCUCCGCGCCGUCGGCGUCCUCGUCGUCUGCGCCGUCCAGCAGCAGCAGCUCCGCGCCAUCGGCGUCUUCGUCGUCUGCGCCGUCCAGCAGCAGCUCCGCGCCGUCGGCGUCCUCGUCGUCUGCGCCGUCCAGCAGCAGCUCCGCGCCGUCAGCGUCCUCGUCGUCUGCGCCGUCCAGCAGCAGCAGCUCCGCGCCGUCAGCGUCCUCGUCGUCUGCGCCGUCCAGCAGCAGCAGCUCCGCGCCGUCGGCGUCCUCGUCGUCUGCGCCGUCCAGCAGCAGCUCCGCGCCGUCGGCGUCUUCGUCGUCUGCGCCGUCCAGCAGCAGCUCCGCGCCGUCAGCGUCCUCGUCGUCUGCGCCGUCCAGCAGCAGCAGCUCCGCGCCGUCGGCGUCUUCGUCGUCUGCGCCGUCCAGCAGCAGCUCCGCGCCAUCGGCGUCCUCGUCGUCUGCGCCGUCCAGCAGCAGCAGCUCCGCGCCAUCGGCGUCUUCGUCGUCUGCGCCGUCCAGCAGCAGCUCCGCGCCGUCGGCGUCCUCGUCGUCUGCGCCGUCCAGCAGCAGCUCCGCGCCGUCAGCGUCCUCGUCGUCUGCGCCGUCCAGCAGCAGCUCCGCGCCGUCGGCCUCUUCGUCGUCUGCGCCGUCCAGCAGCAGCUCCGCGCCGUCGGCGUCCUCGUCGUCUGCGCCGUCCAGCAGCAGCAGCUCCGCGCCGUCGGCGUCCUCGUCGUCUGCGCCGUCCAGCAGCAGCAGCUCCGCGCCGUCAGCGUCCUCGUCGUCUGCGCCGUCCAGCAGCAGCAGCUCCGCGCCGUCGGCGUCCUCGUCGUCUGCGCCGUCCAGCAGCAGCUCCGCGCCGUCGGCGUCCUCGUCGUCUGCGCCGUCCAGCAGCAGCUCCGCGCCGUCAGCGUCCUCGUCGUCUGCGCCGUCCAGCAGCAGCUCCGCGCCGUCGGCCUCUUCGUCGUCUGCGCCGUCCAGCAGCAGUAGCUCUGCGCCGUCGGCGUCUUCGUCGUCUGCGCCGUCCAGCAGCAGCUCCGCGCCGUCGGCGUCCUCGUCGUCUGCGCCGUCCAGCAGCAGCAGCUCCGCGCCGUCGGCGUCCUCGUCGUCUGCGCCGUCCAGCAGCAGCUCCGCGCCGUCGGCGUCCUCGUCGUCUGCGCCGUCCAGCAGCAGCUCCGCGCCGUCGGCGUCCUCGUCGUCUGCGCCGUCCAGCAGCAGCAGCUCCGCGCCGUCAGCGUCCUCGUCGUCUGCGCCGUCCAGCAGCAGCUCCGCGCCGUCAGCGUCCUCGUCGUCUGCGCCGUCCAGCAGCAGCUCCGCGCCGUCGGCGUCUUCGUCGUCUGCGCCGUCCAGCAGCAGCUCCGCGCCGUCAGCGUCCUCGUCGUCUGCGCCGUCCAGCAGCAGCAGCUCCGCGCCGUCGGCGUCCUCGUCGUCUGCGCCGUCCAGCAGCAGCUCCGCGCCAUCGGCGUCUUCGUCGUCUGCGCCGUCCAGCAGCAGCUCCGCGCCGUCAGCGUCCUCGUCGUCUGCGCCGUCCAGCAGCAGCAGCUCCGCGCCGUCAGCGUCCUCGUCGUCUGCGCCGUCCAGCAGCAGCAGCUCCGCGCCGUCGGCGUCCUCGUCGUCUGCGCCGUCCAGCAGCAGCAGCUCCGCGCCGUCGGCGUCUUCGUCGUCUGCGCCGUCCAGCAGCAGUAGCUCUGCGCCGUCGGCGUCCUCGUCGUCUGCGCCGUCCAGCAGCAGCUCCGCGCCGUCGGCGUCCUCGUCGUCUGCGCCGUCCAGCAGCAGCAGCUCCGCGCCGUCAGCGUCCUCGUCGUCUGCGCCGUCCAGCAGCAGCAGCUCCGCGCCGUCAGCGUCCUCGUCGUCUGCGCCGUCCAGCAGCAGCAGCUCCGCGCCGUCGGCGUCUUCGUCGUCUGCGCCGUCCAGCAGCAGCUCCGCGCCGUCGGCGUCCUCGUCGUCUGCGCCGUCCAGCAGCAGCUCCGCGCCGUCAGCGUCGUCGUCGUCUGCGCCGUCCAACAGCAGCAGCUCCGCGCCGUCAGCGUCCUCGUCGUCUGCGCCGUCCAGCAGCAGCAGCUCCGCGCCGUCGGCGUCUUCGUCGUCUGCGCCGUCCAGCAGCAGCUCCGCGCCGUCGGCGUCCUCGUCGUCUGCGCCGUCCAGCAGCAGCUCCGCGCCGUCGGCGUCCUCGUCGUCUGCGCCGUCCAGCAGCAGCUCCGCGCCGUCGGCGUCCUCGUCGUCUGCGCCGUCCAGCAGCAGCAGCUCCGCGCCGUCAGCGUCCUCGUCGUCUGCGCCGUCCAGCAGCAGCUCCGCGCCGUCGGCGUCCUCGUCGUCUGCGCCGUCCAGCAGCAGCUCCGCGCCGUCAGCGUCUUCGUCGUCUGCGCCGUCCAGCAGCAGCUCCGCGCCGUCAGCGUCCUCGUCGUCUGCGCCGUCCAGCAGCAGCAGCUCCGCGCCGUCAGCGUCCUCGUCGUCUGCGCCGUCCAGCAGCAGCAGCUCCGCGCCGUCGGCGUCCUCGUCGUCUGCGCCGUCCAGCAGCAGUAGCUCUGCGCCGUCGGCGUCUUCGUCGUCUGCGCCGUCCAGCAGCAGCAGCUCCGCGCCGUCAGCGUCCUCGUCGUCUGCGCCGUCCAGCAGCAGCAGCUCCGCGCCGUCAGCGUCCUCGUCGUCUGCGCCGUCCAGCAGCAGCAGCUCCGCGCCGUCGGCGUCUUCGUCGUCUGCGCCGUCCAGCAGCAGCAGCUCCGCGCCGUCGGCGUCCUCGUCGUCUGCGCCGUCCAGCAGCAGCUCCGCGCCGUCGGCGUCCUCGUCGUCUGCGCCGUCCAGCAGCAGCUCCGCGCCGUCAGCGUCUUCGUCGUCUGCGCCGUCCAGCAGCAGCAGCUCCGCGCCGUCGGCGUCCUCGUCGUCUGCGCCGUCCAGCAGCAGCUCUGCGCCGUCAGCGUCUUCGUCGUCUGCGCCGUCCAGCAGCAGCAGCUCCGCGCCGUCGGCGUCCUCGUCGUCUGCGCCGUCCAGCAGCAGCAGCUCCGCGCCAUCAGCGUCCUCGUCGUCUGCGCCGUCCAGCAGCAGCAGCUCCGCGCCAUCGGCGUCUUCGUCGUCUGCGCCGUCCAGCAGCAGCUCUGCGCCGUCGGCGUCCUCGUCGUCUGCGCCGUCCAGCAGCAGCUCCGCGCCGUCGGCGUCCUCGUCGUCUGCGCCGUCCAGCAGCAGCUCUGCGCCGUCAGCGUCUUCGUCGUCUGCGCCGUCCAGCAGCAGCUCCGCGCCAUCGGCGUCUUCGUCGUCUGCGCCGUCCAGCAGCAGCUCUGCGCCGUCGGCGUCCUCGUCGUCUGCGCCGUCCAGCAGCAGCAGCUCCGCGCCGUCAGCGUCCUCGUCGUCUGCGCCGUCCAGCAGCAGCAGCUCCGCGCCGUCGGCGUCUUCGUCGUCUGCGCCGUCCAGCAGCAGCUCCGCGCCGUCGGCGUCCUCGUCGUCUGCGCCGUCCAGCAGCAGCUCCGCGCCGUCAGCGUCCUCGUCGUCUGCGCCGUCCAGCAGCAGCAGCUCCGCGCCAUCGGCGUCCUCGUCGUCUGCGCCGUCCAGCAGCAGCUCCGCGCCGUCGGCGUCCUCGUCGUCUGCGCCGUCCAGCAGCAGCUCCGCGCCGUCAGCGUCCUCGUCGUCUGCGCCGUCCAGCAGCAGCUCCGCGCCGUCAGCGUCCUCGUCGUCUGCGCCGUCCAGCAGCAGCAGCUCCGCGCCGUCAGCGUCCUCGUCGUCUGCGCCGUCGGCGUCCUCGUCGUCUGCGCCGUCCAGCAGCAGCAGCUCCGCGCCAUCGGCGUCCUCGUCGUCUGCGCCGUCCAGCAGCAGCUCUGCGCCGUCGGCGUCUUCGUCGUCUGCGCCGUCCAGCAGCAGCAGCUCCGCGCCGUCAGCGUCCUCGUCGUCUGCGCCGUCCAGCAGCAGCUCCGCGCCGUCAGCGUCUUCGUCGUCUGCGCCGUCCAGCAGCAGCAGCUCCGCGCCGUCAGCGUCCUCGUCGUCUGCGCCGUCCAGCAGCAGCAGCUCUGCGCCGUCGGCGUCUUCGUCGUCUGCGCCGUCCAGCAGCAGCAGCUCCGCGCCAUCGGCGUCCUCGUCCUCUGCGCCGUCCAGCAGCAGCUCCGCGCCGUCGGCGUCUUCGUCGUCUGCGCCGUCCAGCAGCAGCUCCGCGCCAUCGGCGUCUUCGUCGUCUGCGCCGUCCAGCAGCAGCUCCGCGCCAUCGGCGUCUUCGUCGUCUGCGCCGUCCAGCAGCAGCUCCGCGCCGUCGGCGUCUUCGUCGUCUGCGCCGUCCAGCAGCAGCUCCGCGCCAUCGGCGUCCUCGUCGUCUGCGCCGUCCAGCAGCAGCAGCUCCGCGCCGUUGGCGUCCUCGUCGUCUGCGCCGUCCAGCAGCAGCAGCUCCGCGCCAUCGGCGUCCUCGUCGUCUGCGCCGUCCAGCAGCAGCAGCUCCGCGCCGUUGGCGUCCUCGUCGUCUGCGCCGUCCAGCAGCAGCAGCUCCGCGCCAUCGGCGUCUUCGUCGUCUGCGCCGUCCAGCAGCAGCUCCGCGCCGUCGGCGUCUUCGUCGUCUGCGCCGUCCAGCAGCAGCUCCGCGCCAUCGGCGUCCUCGUCCUCUGCGCCGUCCAGCAGCAGCUCCGCGCCGUCGGCGUCCUCGUCGUCUGCGCCGUCCAGCAGCAGCAGCUCCGCGCCGUUGGCGUCCUCGUCGUCUGCGCCGUCCAGCAGCAGCAGCUCCGCGCCGUCGGCGUCCUCGUCGUCUGCGCCGUCCAGCAGCAGCACCGCGCCGUCGGCGUCCUCGUCGUCUGCGCCGUCCAGCAGCAGCAGCUCCGCGCCAUCAGCGUCCUCGUCGUCUGCGCCGUCCAGCAGCAGCAGCUCCGCGCCGUCGGCGUCUUCGUCCUCUGCGCCGUCCAGCAGCAGCUCCGCGCCGUCAGCGUCCUCGUCGUCUGCGCCGUCCAGCAGCAGCUCCGCGCCAUCGGCGUCUUCGUCGUCUGCGCCGUCCAGCAGCAGCUCCGCGCCGUCAGCGUCCUCGUCGUCUGCGCCGUCCAGCAGCAGCAGCUCCGCGCCAUCGGCGUCUUCGUCGUCUGCGCCGUCCAGCAGCAGCUCCGCGCCGUCGGCGUCUUCGUCGUCUGCGCCGUCCAGCAGCAGCUCCGCGCCAUCGGCGUCUUCGUCCUCUGCGCUGUCCAGCAGCAGCUCCGCGCCAUCGGCGUCUUCGUCCUCUGCGCCGUCCAGCAGCAGCUCCGCGCCGUCGGCGUCUUCGUCGUCUGCGCCGUCCAGCAGCAGCUCCGCGCCGUCGGCGUCCUCGUCGUCUGCGCCGUCCAGCAGCAGCAGCUCCGCGCCAUCGGGGUCUUCGUCGUCUGCGCCGUCCAGCAGCAGCUCCGCGCCAUCGGCGUCUUCGUCGUCUGCGCCGUCCAGCAGCAGCUCCGCGCCAUCGGCGUCUUCGUCCUCUGCGCCGUCCAGCAGCAGCAGCACCGCGCCGUCGGCGUCCUCGUCGUCUGCGCCGUCCAGCAGCAGCAGCUCCGCGCCGUUGGCGUCCUCGUCGUCUGCGCCGUCCAGCAGCAGCAGCUCCGCGCCGUCAGCGUCCUCGUCGUCUGCGCCGUCCAGCAGCAGCAGCACCGCGCCGUCGGCGUCCUCGUCGUCUGCGCCGUCCAGCAGCAGCAGCUCCGCGCCGUCGGCGUCCUCGUCGUCUGCGCCGUCCAGCAGCAGCAGCUCCGCGCCGUCGGCGUCUUCGUCGUCUGCGCCGUCCAGCAGCAGCAGCACCGCGCCGUCGGCGUCCUCGUCGUCUGCGCCGUCCAGCAGCAGCUCCGCGCCGUCAGCGUCCUCGUCGUCUGCGCCGUCCAGCAGCAGCAGCUCCGCGCCAUCGGCGUCUUCGUCGUCUGCGCCGUCCAGCAGCAGCAGCUCCGCGCCAUCGGCGUCUUCGUCGUCUGCGCCGUCCAGCAGCAGCAGCACCGCGCCGUCGGCGUCCUCGUCGUCUGCGCCGUCCAGCAGCAGCUCCGCGCCGUCAGCGUCCUCGUCGUCUGCGCCGUCCAGCAGCAGCUCCGCGCCGUCGGCGUCCUCGUCGUCUGCGCCGUCCAGCAGCAGCAGCUCCGCGCCGUCGGCGUCCUCGUCGUCUGCGCCGUCCAGCAGCAGCUCCGCGCCGUCGGCGUCCUCGUCGUCUGCGCCGUCCAGCAGCAGCUCCGCGCCGUCAGCGUCCUCGUCGUCUGCGCCGUCCAGCAGCAGCUCCGCGCCGUCGGCGUCCUCGUCGUCUGCGCCGUCCAGCAGCAGCAGCUCCGCGCCAUCGGCGUCCUCGUCGUCUGCGCCGUCCAGCAGCAGCAGCUCCGCGCCGUCGGCGUCCUCGUCGUCUGCGCCGUCCAGCAGCAGCAGCUCCGCGCCGUCGGCGUCCUCGUCGUCUGCGCCGUCCAGCAGCAGCUCCGCGCCGUCGGCGUCCUCGUCGUCUGCGCCGUCCAGCAGCAGCUCCGCGCCGUCAGCGUCCUCGUCGUCUGCGCCGUCCAGCAGCAGCUCCGCGCCGUCGGCGUCCUCGUCGUCUGCGCCGUCCAGCAGCAGCAGCUCCGCGCCGUCGGCGUCCUCGUCGUCUGCGCCGUCCAGCAGCAGCAGCUCCGCGCCGUCAGCGUCCUCGUCGUCUGCGCCGUCCAGCAGCAGCUCCGCGCCGUCGGCGUCCUCGUCGUCUGCGCCGUCCAGCAGCAGCAGCUCCGCGCCGUCGGCGUCCUCGUCGUCUGCGCCGUCCAGCAGCAGCUCCGCGCCGUCAGCGUCCUCGUCGUCUGCGCCGUCCAGCAGCAGCUCCGCGCCGUCAGCGUCCUCGUCGUCUGCGCCGUCCAGCAGCAGCUCCGCGCCGUCGGCGUCCUCGUCGUCUGCGCCGUCCAGCAGCAGCAGCUCCGCGCCGUCGGCGUCCUCGUCAUCUGCGCCGUCCAGCAGCAGCUCCGCGCCGUCAGCGUCCUCGUCGUCUGCGCCGUCCAGCAGCAGCAGCUCCGCGCCAUCGGCGUCUUCGUCGUCUGCGCCGUCCAGCAGCAGCAGCUCCGCGCCGUCGGCGUCUUCGUCGUCUGCGCCGUCCAGCAGCAGCAGCUCCGCGCCAUCGGCGUCUUCGUCGUCUGCGCCGUCCAGCAGCAGCAGCUCCGCGCCAUCGGCGUCCUCGUCGUCUGCGCCGUCCAGCAGCAGCAGCUCCGCGCCAUCGGCGUCUUCGUCGUCUGCGCCGUCCAGCAGCAGCUCCGCGCCGUCGGCGUCUUCGUCGUCUGCGCCGUCCAGCAGCAGCUCCGCGCCGUCGGCGUCCUCGUCGUCUGCGCCGUCCAGCAGCAGCUCCGCGCCGUCGGCGUCCUCGUCGUCUGCGCCGUCCAGCAGCAGCAGCUCCGCGCCAUCGGCGUCUUCGUCGUCUGCGCCGUCCAGCAGCAGCAGCUCCGCGCCGUCAGCGUCCUCGUCGUCUGCGCCGUCCAGCAGCAGCAGCUCCGCGCCGUCGGCGUCCUCGUCGUCUGCGCCGUCCAGCAGCAGCUCCGCGCCGUCGGCGUCCUCGUCGUCUGCGCCGUCCAGCAGCAGCUCCGCGCCGUCGGCGUCCUCGUCGUCUGCGCCGUCCAGCAGCAGCUCCGCGCCAUCGGCGUCUUCGUCGUCUGCGCCGUCCAGCAGCAGCUCCGCGCCGUCGGCGUCUUCGUCGUCUGCGCCGUCCAGCAGCAGCUCCGCGCCGUCAGCGUCCUCGUCGUCUGCGCCGUCCAGCAGCAGCUCCGCGCCGUCGGCGUCCUCGUCGUCUGCGCCGUCCAGCAGCAGCUCCGCGCCGUCAGCGUCCUCGUCGUCUGCGCCGUCCAGCAGCAGCAGCUCCGCGCCGUCAGCGUCCUCGUCGUCUGCGCCGUCCAGCAGCAGCUCCGCGCCGUCAGCGUCCUCGUCGUCUGCGCCGUCCAGCAGCAGCUCCGCGCCGUCGGCGUCCUCGUCGUCUGCGCCGUCCAGCAGCAGCUCCGCGCCGUCGGCGUCCUCGUCGUCUGCGCCGUCCAGCAGCAGCUCCGCGCCGUCAGCGUCCUCGUCGUCUGCGCCGUCCAGCAGCAGCAGCUCCGCGCCGUCAGCGUCCUCGUCGUCUGCGCCGUCCAGCAGCAGCUCCGCGCCGUCGGCGUCCUCGUCGUCUGCGCCGUCCAGCAGCAGCUCGUUUUUGUCGGGCAGUGGGAGCGACGGAGGGUGCCACAGCGAUGUUCCGUAUUACACGCCAACGCAAGUGGCGCAUAGCAUGCGGUUUCUGUCUGGGUUUUCCGAGUCGUUUGCGGACGCAAGCGCCACGUGGAAGUGCCCGAACUUCUGCUCAUGGGCGGGGAUAACUUGUAGACCAGAGGGAUUUUCUUUCGAACUAGGUGGUGUGGUAAAGUCGGGGUAUCUACCGAUGGUUCCUGGGGACUGCGAUGGUGUGCAAGUGCCGGUUUUGAGUGUAAGUGCCGGUGGCGCGGAGGGAGGCGUGACUUUGGAGGGCACGUUGCCGUCGUCGUGGAAUCGGCUGCUGUCUCUCAUCGAGCUGGAUUUCUCCUACACGGGCGUCAGCGGUGGGGCACCGUCGGAUUGGUCGGCCUUGGUGAACCUGAAGAAGCUGAAUCUGGGCCACAAUAAGUUGAGUGGUGAACUGCCGGCGGAGUGGAGCGGCAUGGUGGCCAUGGAGGAGCUGUAUCUGAACGACAACAAAUUCAGUGGGAAGUUGCCUUUCGAAUGGUUUAACAUGGAGAAUCUCAAAAUCCUCGAUCUCUCCAACAACGAAUUGGGCGGAUCGGUGCCCGGCUUCAUCGUUUCACUCUCGCGCUCACACGACGUUUCAGCCCUGCUCAAGCGGCUGUUGGCGGUGAGGAAGUAA